AUGAGUUCGGAUAUUCAGACCGUUAUCAAAGCGUGUAGUUUCGCGGCUGAACGACAUCGCAAGCAGAGGCGAAAGGACGCUGAGCAGACACCAUACAUCAACCAUCCGAUUGGUGUCGCGAAUAUCCUGAUCAGCGAAGCGGGUGUGACGGACAGCGCAGUGAUUGCAGCUGCUUUGUUACACGAUACGCUCGAAGAUACAGCUACCACGUUGCAAGAACUGAAGAAUCUGUUUGGUGAUGAGAUCAGUGGCAUUGUACAAGAAUGUACCGAUGACAAGAAACUACCAAGGGAUGUGCGGAAAAAAUUGCAAGUCGAAAAUGCCUCGAAACACUCCAAUAAAGCGAAACUGGUCCAUCUGGCUGAUAAGCUUUACAAUCUGCGGGAUUUGGAGCGUGGAACGCCGCUGGGAUGGGAUGCAGCAAGAGUAAAAGAAUACUUCGAAUGGUCCGAUUCGGUUGUCAGUGGACUGCGCGGCGUCAAUGAAGCUCUCGACCAUGCCCUUCGUGAUAUCAUUAGUAGGCAUCUGGAUAAAUGCUAA